UGGCAGGCUCGCUGGUGCAAUCCACACCUUAGCACGCCUCGGGGCCGGGGUAAACGCUGGCAGGGGCGGCUGCAGGCGCUGGCUUUAAGAAGGAUGGUUUUACCCGGGACUCUUCCGGAGCACUAGCGCGGGCACUUCUGCUGGGGAGAGGCAACGCUAUUCUGAUGCAAUGGUGGGAUCUAUUGCUCCUCCGGUGGCAUCGCAACACUGCAAGAUCAGCUGUAUCCAUUGCAAUUAAGUUUGCAGGAUCUGGACAUGAGAGGAUCGAGCACGUACGUAUAACUGUGCCACCUCUUCGGCAUUUCUUCUGACUGCAUCUCUUGCUCGCGUGUGUCUUACUAGCUCCCGGUUCUGACUGCAAAAUACACCGAUCCUCAGCACUAGUAUCCUUAAUCUUGCUUUGGGAACUACCUGGAAGACCAUGCAUCGAUUUGUCUUGGUUGCCAAGCAAACUGCGGCAAGCCUGGGCUGCAAAGGGCCGGGGGUCGGCCGAAGCGGAAGGAAAGACAUGGCUUUGCGCUGCGCCGCUUCGCUGGCGGCGGGGCGGCAGCCGCGGUGUCCCCGGCUCCAGCGGCCGGCGCGGGAAGGGACGGUGCGCUGGAGCAGCGCUGCCAAGGCCUCCGCGGUGAAGAUCAACGAGAAGGCGAGCAGGGAGAAGAUCCUGACGCUGGAGUCCAUGAACCCGCAAGUGAAGGCGGUGGAAUAUGCAGUGCGGGGCCCCAUCGUCCUUAAAGCCGGCGAGAUCGAGAAGGAGCUGCGGAAGGGAAUCAAAAAACCUUUUACUGAAGUAAUUAAAGCCAACAUUGGAGAUGCACAUGCAAUGGGACAGAGGCCAAUCACCUUCCUCCGUCAGGUAGUGGCACUGUGUACAUACCCAAACCUGCUGGACAGCCCAAGUUUUCCAGAAGAUGCCAAAAAGCGAGCCAGACGGAUCUUGCAGGGUUGUGGAGGAAACAGCUUAGGAUCUUACAGUGCCAGUCAAGGUAUAAAUUGCAUCCGUGAAGAUGUUGCUUCAUAUAUUGAAAGAAGAGAUGGAGGGGUUCCUGCAGAUCCAGAUAACAUAUAUCUUACCACUGGGGCAAGUGAUGGUAUUGCUACAAUUUUAAAGAUCCUGGUCUCAGGAGGUGGAAAAUCCCGAACAGGAGUGAUGAUCCCUAUACCACAAUAUCCCUUAUAUUCAGCAGCCAUAUCUGAACUAGAUGCUAUCCAGGUGAACUACUAUUUGGAUGAAGAAAAUUGCUGGGCUCUAGAUGUGAAUGAACUUCGCCGUUCCUUGAAUGAAGCUAAGGCAUAUUGCAAUCCAAAAGUCCUCUGCAUCAUCAACCCUGGAAAUCCCACAGGACAGGUGCAGAACAGAAAGUGCAUUGAAGAUGUGAUACACUUUGCUUGGGAAGAGAAACUUUUUCUUCUCGCUGAUGAGGUUUACCAGGACAAUGUGUACUCUGAAGGAUGCCAGUUUCAUUCUUUCAAAAAGAUUCUGUAUGAGAUGGGACCCGAGUACUAUAACAAUGUUGAGCUGGCCUCUUUUCACUCCACCUCUAAGGGAUACAUGGGCGAAUGUGGCUACAGAGGAGGUUACAUGGAGGUCAUUAACUUGCACCCAGAAAUUAAAGGACAGCUUGUUAAGCUGCUUUCUGUUCGCCUUUGUCCUCCAGUCUCAGGACAAGCAGCAAUGGAUAUUGUAGUGAAUCCUCCAAUACCUGGAGAAGAAUCUUAUUCACAGUUCAUAAAGGAGAAGGAGUCUGUUUUGAACAAUCUUGCCAAAAAAGCCAAAUUAACAGAAGACAUGUUUAACAAGGUACCAGGAAUUCACUGCAAUCCACUUCAAGGAGCUAUGUAUGCCUUUCCACGGAUCUUUAUUCCUUCCAAAGCUGUUGAGGAAGCAAAGGCUCAUAAAAUGGCACCUGAUAUGUUCUAUUGCAUGAAACUUCUGGAAGAGACUGGAAUAUGUGUCGUACCUGGAAGUGGAUUUGGCCAAAGAGAAGGAAGCUACCAUUUCAGAAUGACCAUUCUUCCUCCAGUAGAGAAGCUGAAGAUCCUACUAGAGAAAGUGAAAGACUUCCACAUAAAGUUUCUUGAAAAAUAUGCAUGAAACUACUGUGGCUUUUUCCCCUCAUCCUCUCCCCUUCAAGGCGAACGCAGAAAAUGAACAAAGAUGUGCUGAGAAUGUGCUGUUCAUCUAAUUUAACUAAAUUCAAAAUAGAUAGAUACAAUCUCAGAUACUGCUACAACUUAUUGGACUAUUAAAUUUAAUGUCUGGAAUAGAAGACAUUGUUACACCAACUUUUUUUUUAAGGGGAAGGGGAGAAUGUGAAGACAGCAGUGAGAAGAAAGAGUCAGUAAAUGAUUUUGUGCCUUGAUUGGAAGUUACAUUCGUGAACUUUUGACUCAAUAGGUUGAGGAAGGGAGUUGCUCAUUAAAAUUGUUGUGUGUGUUUUUUACAAAACAGAAAUGCCAAUAGCGAUUGUUUAGCUAUGAACAUGUUUCCCAUCUUAAAAUUCAAAAACAAAAAUUCAAAAGCCUACAUUAUAGAUAUUGUUCGGUUUAUUUUGUUGUUGUUGUUAAGUAUGAAGUGUUCUCCAAGUCUGAUUAAGCAUGUAGGUACAGUGUGCUUAUUAAAAAAAAAAUAUUUGGCAGAUGUGUGCAGAUACCUUUGAACUUUUGUUAAAAAAAAAUCCUGCCAUCACAGCAUAAUCUGAAUGGAAUAUACAGUUUUGAUCAGAGGAGUGAACAUGGUGUCUGCUCGAACCCUAUUUUUAUGAAACUGAAACAUAAUGAGGAGUAUUAGCUUCUUAUGCAUAUGCUAUUCAACACGUUAUCCCAGCACCAGAUGAGAGCACUGAACACUUCCUCUCCUAACAACAACUCCAUGAGUCUCCUGUUAACUCACAUCUUUUAUAUACAUGGAACAUAGUAAGUUACUGUUUCAAUGCAGAUGUGAGUAGUGUCAAUCCUUUCAAGUAGGGUAAAAUAUAACACUAUUACAGAAUCACUUUAUCUAUGGAGAACAUUUGUUUGGAACCACAUGACUGAGAGACCCGUUAGCUGGCCAAAAUCCAGCUUGAACUGGCAAGGACUAACAAAUGUUGUUACCAGGAGAAAUGCUGGGGGUGGUUUCUAAUGAAGGAAAAGGUAUUUAAAGGAAAAAAGUCUUGCACCAAGCAUAAAGAUAACAACAGUACAGCUCACUCUUAAAUCUUCCAUAGUCAUGCUGCUGGCUGAAUGAUCCUGAGUGCUUAUUAAAACUCAGCUAAACCAGGUCGCUAUCUAGGAGUACAGCUGUAUUAUGCUACUAAUCUAUGCCGGUUUCCCUGCACAAGGAAAGAAGGCUUCUGUUUCUCUAGAGUUGGAAGCUGGACACCUUCUGCUAGUACUGAUAAAGGACUGAAGGAACAUAGCUUCCAGUAUUCAGCCAUGAAAGCAUUAGCAUUUGUCAGGCUUAGUCUCAGCAUUUACAAAGUUUAUUCAUUAAGAAUAUCUCAUUUAAUCUAGUCAUUAAUUUUAAGUUAUUAUUUAGAAGUAAACUCAUUUUACUGUCUACUAGCACUUUGUUAGGCUGCCUUUGUAGCUGGUUCAACAUCCUAUGCUGAUCCAGGUUACUAAAGCCAAGGGCUAGAGAAUCACCAUACGGAUAAAGCAUGUGCCAAUCUGUUAUGUGUGGAAGACAAGAGAUGUUGCCUGUAAUUGUCCUUGCAACAGCAGCUACUAGUCUAUGACAUAGCAUUAGCAGUUGGUGUACUUCUCACAGUUCCUUACUGAAGUCUGUGAAGAAGAAUUUAGUACUUCUCAAUCACCUGCCAGUGGUCACAGGCUCCUAAAUGAAAAUGGCAUGCUGCUACACAAAGUUACUAUGAGGCUCGGAGAAAAAAAAAGUUAAUACUUUUAUCCUCAGAGAAAUGGACUUCUGGGAGGACAGCAGACAAAAAACACUUAUGUUGCUACUAUCCAUUGAUAAAUACAACCUUUCAUCUGUUAGCACUCUCCACUUGGCAUCCUUAAUAUGCACUAAUAAAACAAAUCUAGAAAGCAAAACUGUAGGAAGAGGACAGAAUAUUGAUGAAAAAAGACGACAAACAGCACUUUCCUAUUCUAGGAAUGUGUCCAGAUCAGAUCUGGCUUUGGACUCGUAAUGCAGUGUAGAUUGAAGCUAAGAUCUAACAAUGGGAGUUAGAGUAUUUUUUAUAUUUUUGUAACUACAGCUUUUUCAUGGGGUAGUAUUUGUAAUCUAAUAAGUCAAUAGAUUUUAUAUUAGCCUUGCAUUUGCACCUGAUACUUCUGGAAAAAAUGUAAAGGUUUACAAGUUUCUAAUGAUAACUUACAGGUGUGAAAGGCUUUUUGUUUUAAGUCAGGACAGCAAUUCUUACACUUUUAAAUCAAAAUAUAAUGGCAUAAACUGAGUUUUUUCUAAACAUUCUAUUAUGGUGCCUUUUAUGUUUCUGACAUUAUAAGGGAUAACAAUUUGUUCUUGAUGCAUCUCAUAUGGAAGGGUGGUGAUUUCUAUUGUCCAUCCACAAUAUUUGUAUGUACUGUGAUAAGGUUAAUGUGCAUUUUUGUGGAACAAUCCUGUAAAGCUAAGAAAAGAGGCUUAUUUUCAAUGUCUUUGAAAUAUUUCAUUAAUAACAGACAAUCCUUACUUUCAAAUGCAUGCUUCUAGGUUUGAUUUUCCUACAGGUGCUCCUUAUAAUGGUACUUCAGAUGUAUGAGACUUCCAAAUAAUAAAGCACACAUUUAAAAAAAAAAA